UACGCCGAAAUGCAAAAAGCGCAACACACACUGCGGUGAGGUCGUUCAAAUGCACUGUAGGAUCAAGGGAAACACACUGAGCAUGGAUGUACUCACCAAACUGGAAAUCUACAUUCCUGUGGAGGCUGAAGUGAAACGCAUCUCUGUGCAAAGCUUACCAAACUCAAUGCUCAGAAGAAUGGGUCUUUCCCUCUCUGACCCUGAUGUCUCCAGAAAGCUUGCAGACUCUCCUGAAGGCAUUUGGAUUAGUCCAGCAGUCUUCCGGAAGAGAGGCCAGAAAUUGACUUCACACACAGGAAAUGGGGUAAAGGAGAACAUGCACUCAGUGGUGACCACGGCUAAAUCAGGUCCACUCCGAAUGUCUAUUGUCUCCCCCAACCAUACUGCUUAUGAGGUGCUGAAGGACACCAUGCCUGGGACACGAAGAUCUCCAACAUUGCUGGUACAUCAAGGCUCGGCGCUGCAGAGUAACAGAGAUGCUGUCGUUAUCUACCGUGGGAGCGUCUACCUGUUCAUCAAGAGGCACAGUCGUAGCCAGGGUCAACAAGAGACGGUUAAGCAGCCGGCUUCACUGUCUGCUAUUCCUUUGACAUCAGAUUUGUCAUCUAAAAGCCAAAAGAAGGAGCUGCUAAAUGACAAAAGGCCCAAAAAGAAACAUACCACAUGCAAAGUAACCCACCGUGAAAACAAGACGGAUGUUAUACAGAAGAAAAGAGACAUAUCCACAUCCAAGACUAUGUAUCCUGUUCUUCUGCCCACUGCUAGUGUACACAAAAAGAACAGCCAGAGCUAUGAGGAUUCCAGAGGAGAGAAAGCCUUUCAUUCUGGGGAGAAGGAAGAGCUAGUCAGCAGUGUUGGAGUUGGGUGUGAGAUGCAGGAACGGGGUGAUGAAGACACUGAGAGCACCAGCCAAAACAGUGACAUGAGCAGUACCAUACAGAUGGACAGUGGGGAAGUUGACCCAAGUAGCAGCCAGAGCAGGACCAGGAGAGAGUCUCUGGGUGCAGCUGCUUCAUCCUCAUCAGGGCAAAUGGAGUGUGUCUUUAACGAGCUGGCGCAAGCGGAGGAGAUUGCUCGAGUGAAGGCCAAAUUCAGUUCUGCUCUCAACAACCUGCCUUUGUCAAAGGCCACUGUACACCAUUCACUCGUGUUCAACUAAGAAUGAAUAUGGCUGAAGUGCUAUGGUUGCCCCCAGAACUCAAGGAGAAACAGUAUGAGGAGAGGAGGUAAAAAACCCUACUGCUGCAGUCCUCCCCUCCCGCUGCCUCACUAUAAGACUGCAGGCCUCCUGAAGCUGCUCCACACAGACAGGAUGCAUUCUUCAAGCUGUACCCUAGCUGCUCCACAGACAGUUAAGGUAAGACUUUGCUUCACUCCGGAAAUUUCCCUGAAUUGGAACUGGCAAAACAUUGCUGUUUCUCAUAUCAGAGUUGAAAUGUGGAGAUGUUCUGCUUCUCUCUGUGUCCUCUCUUGUUACACUUUCUUAUGGAUCCAACAGUGUUUCUUGCCAAACGAACUUUUAAACAACUAAAUUCUUGGUUAUCACAGUUCUGAUUGAUGGAGUAACAAAAGGGAAAAAAGCAAGUAGUAUACUGGUGUAAAAAAAAAAGCUUGUGGUGCACAGCAGCUUGGGUAAUAGAGGAAGACAGAUUCAAUAUAUGGAGAAUACAGUUUCCAAAAAUAAAUAAUCUAUGUUCAAGUUUAUUGUUAGUGUGAUUCGUCUUAGAAACAAUGUAUUGCAGGUUGUAGCUACCUCUCUGCAUAGAGCUCUAAAGACUACGAAUUAUAAUUCACAUGGAUUUUAAUGCAGACAUUCAUUCUCCAGAUGUUCUUAAACUCAGCACAAAUAACAAAUUCUUGCCUUUCGCUUUCCGAUAAUUAGUAUCAAAUAUUAAUGCCUUCAAGGAAACUUUCUGUAAGUUUUUAAGAAAUUAUGGAUGCUGUGUUGGAGGAAACCUUGCUGACUGUCUGUGUCAGAUUGAUAAACCCUUACUUUUACUACAAGUCAAUUUUGCAUUUUAUUUGUGCACCAAACAAGGAGCCAGCAAAACUGUUCCUCAGGCCCCUAUACAGGAUGUGAUGGG